UGUGGCUGGGCAAUUGCACCAAGAAGUGAAAUUCCUGUGUUGGCAUAAAUUCUAAAGUGACAGUGCACUUUCUCUUCAUUUUGACUCUUCUCUUAGUCCUGUAGCUUCGAGAAGGUCCGGAGAAUAAUGGCUGAAUAUAUGGAGGUAGAAGAAGAUCCCAAGACAGUUCCCCAGACAGCUCCCCUGCCCGGGCAGGUACCAAACAGUGCCGGGGGCUACUCUUUUGCUGUAAACGACUUUACAAGGCUCAGGCGUUUUCUUGUUCUCGGUUCCGAGGGCGGCACGUACUACACAAGCGAGAAGAAGCUCGGCAAGGAGAAUGCCGAGGCCAUACUCCGCUUAAUUAAGUCUGGAAACGGCCCUGAGGUCGUUAAAGAGAUACUGAGGUUCAGUUUGGACGGUAGAACCCCAAAGCAGGACCCCAUCUUGUUUGCUUUGGCAUUAUGCGCGAGAGACGACGACCCAGAGACCAAAAAGGCAGCUUACGAUGCUCUCAACUCAAUCUGUCGCAUACCAACGCAUUUGUUCACAUUUGUCUCUUUCGCAGAAGCAAUGAGUGCCGGGUCUGGAUGGGGGCGAGCUCAUCGCCGCGCUAUACAGAACUGGUACUUGACUAAGAGCCCCAAAUCUCUAGCAAUGGCUGUCACAAAAUACCAGCAGAGGGAUGGCUGGUCGCAUCGUGACCUCUUGCGACUUUGCCAUUUGAAAGCAGAAGCUCCAGGGUUGGCAUGCGUUCUUAAAUACAUUGUUAAAGGUUACGAUGAGUGCAAUAAAGAGUUUGGGUCAACUGAUGAUGUUCAUAUUGAUGAGCUCAUGUCUUUUUUGCUGGCAGUUGAGACAGCAAAAAGCUGUGAUGAGAGGUACCUGGUGCAACUCAUUACUGAGAAAGGGCUAGUGAGGGAGCAUGUACCAUCGAUACAUCUCAACUCACAGUUGGUUUGGGCUGCCCUGUUGAAUGGUAUGCCAAUGACUGCCAUGAUACGUAACCUUGGCAAGAUGUCGAGCAUCGGUCUCUUGGCCCCUCGGUCCGAUCACCUAAAAAACGUUUGCUCACGUCUAAGGGAUGCAACACUGCUUCAAAAAGCACGAAUACAUCCAUUUAACAUCCUGCUGGCUUUGAAGACGUAUGCACAAGGACAUGGGGACAGGGGAAAACUGAAAUGGGACGUUGAUAAGAACAUCACCUCAGCCCUCAAUGAGGCAUUCUACCUCUCCUUUAAAUUUGUUGAGCCAACCGGUAAAAGGUUUUUGCUUGCCCUGGACGUCAGUGGGUCAAUGACAUGUCCCGUGAUGGGGUCUCGAGUUAUUUCCUGUCGUGAUGCAUCAGCAGCAAUGGCGAUGGUCACUGCUCGGGUCGAGCGUAAUUACGAGUUGAUGGGUUUCUCGGACAAGCUUGUCAAAGUCCCUAUAAAACCUUCCAUGAAUCUCGAUGAGGCCACAACUGCCAUAUCAAGGAUCCCAAUGGGAGGAACAGACUGUGCACUGCCUAUGAUAUACGCCAAACAAAAGAAAUUAAAAAUUGACGUUUUUAUAGUUUACACAGACAGCGAGACAUGGUUUGGCAAAAUACAUCCAACUGAAGCGUUAAAGAACUACAGAAAAGCCACAGGUAUUGAUGCUAAGCUGAUUGUCUGUGGAAUGGCAUCAAAUAAAUUCUCAAUAGCUGAUCCGAAUGAUCCAGGAAUGCUUGAUAUUGUUGGAUUUGAUUCGGCCGCCCCCGAAAUAAUUAACAACUUUGCCCUAGGCUAUUUUUAGUAACAAAGAAUAUUAUAUAUUUUAUUAUGUUAUUUUUAGUGUGAGAUAUUAUUACAUUUAGUGAAAAGACUUUUAGACUCAUCGAAA